AAUUAUUAUUAUUAUUAGCCACGGACACGAAUUAAAGAAUUUAAGAAUUAAAGAAUCAUUAAAGAGUAACGACCACUAUUAAUAAAUUUAAUUUAGACAGUUUAGACACGAUUUAAUAUUUUUGGCACAGAACCUGGGAUUAGGAUCAUUGGUAUUCAAUUACAAUGAAUAUUUCAUCAUUUUCAGAAAAAGAUUUUAGUGUUGUAGAUUGGAUUAAUAACACAUUAAAGGACAAACCUCCAGAUGAAUGUCGUGAGGUAAUUCCAUCUAUGUUGAAAAAGUUACAAUUAUGUGUAGAACAGGUACAUGAGGUACUGGAUGAAACAACAACACAAGUUCUUUCUUCUCUACCAAAAGUCGUCAACGACAUUGAGCAAUUUGAAAAUCAAGCAUCAAACAUACAACAUAAAAUUAUUGACUUAAAACAAGAAAUUAAUACAGUAAAAAGUCAUACUGGUGAAUCAUUAUUAAAACUUCAAUUAUAUGAUGGAAUUAAAUGUAACAUGGAAGUUACCAAAAAUGCUUUAGAGGAAGCAGACAAUUGGACAAAACUUAUUACUGAUAUUGAAAUAUUAAUGGAUAAUGGAGAAAUUGACCAAGUAACAAAUAGAUUGAUUAGAAUGCAACGUUCUUUAGCAGUCUUGGAAAAUAAUUCUGAUUAUGAAGAAAGAAAAAACCAAUUGGAAGAACUAAAGAGUAAAUUUGAAGUAAUAUUAAUUCCAAUGGUAAAUGUGGCUUUUGAAAAUGAAAAAAUUGAUGAAUCAAAGCAUUAUGUAAAUAUAUUUACUGAUCUCAAAAAACAAGAUCAAAUUAUUAAAUAUUAUUUAAAGUGUAAUAAAAACAGAUUACGUAAAGAAUGGUCAUCAAAAAUGUAUGCAACUGAAUAUUCUAAAAAUCCUCUAAUAUUUUUUGAAAGUUUUUAUGAAGCAUUAAUAGAAUGUAAAAAGCAGCAAAUGAUUUUGUACAAAAAAUUAUUUGAUAUUGAAGUGCAGCCUGAAAUAGAAAGUCAAUUAAUUUUAUCAUAUGGAGAUUUGUUUAAUAUAUUAGAACUUCCAAUGUUUGAAUUGGUUGAUGUUUCUAUCAAAAACCAUCAAGAACCACUUAUUUUACUAUUAGAUUUAUUUAUAGUAACUGAAGUUUUUAUUAAAAACAUUAAAAAUGAUUCAAAAAUUAGUGAUUCAUUUAAUUGGGAUAACAUAUUAACAAGUAUAUAUAGACCAUUAAUUCCACAAAUUGUAUCUUACAAAGAAUUUGAAUAUGAGCAUUUAAAAAAGAUCACUAAUUUUGAAUUAAACAAAGAUGAUUUAGUAGAUGUAGUUCAAGCUUUUGGUCAGUCUCAAUUAACUGUUUUCAGAGCAUCAGAAGAAGCAAAACGUCGAAGUGCUGUUUUAAGUCAUUGUGUUUUUCCUGAAAUGAUAUUUGCUAUUAAUAGAAUGUUUUCUAAUGUUAUUGAAGGAGGGAAAGCAGUUUUAAAAAAAAUAUUAGUUAACAUUAAACCUGGAGAAAACUGGAACUUGUUUCAAAUAUGUUUAAAAUUUCUACAAUCUUCAGGAGAAUUUUUACGUGAAUUAUAUUUUGUAGAAUCUGAAUUUAAAAGUUGUAUCUUAACAAAUGAACAACGAGCAUUAAAUGUUUCAAAAUAUUUAUUAGUUGAAGAUAAACAAAUUGAAUUGAAAAAUAUUAUUGAUUUGUUAAAAAGUGAUAAUGAUUGGAAAUUAUUUAAGGAAUCAAUUCAAGCAACAGAAAAAUUGUGUUCUCUUAUAUAUCAAACUUUCUAUAAAAUAUCAUUUAGGCCAAUAUCAUUUUACUUAGAGCAACUAGAAAAAGUAAAAUUUAGUAAAGAAACAUCUGAUGCUCAUAGACUUUCUCCGAGAGAAUAUAUUACCCAAAUUGGACAGUAUUUAAUUACACUUCCUCAGCAUGUUGAACCAUUUUUAGUUCGAGAUAAUGAAGCAGUAACUGUAGUUUUAAAUAUAUCUGAUAGACGUUACACUGAUGCUUCUCCAGAAGAAAGUUAUACAAAUGUCUUAUUAAGGAUGUUAGCAAGAAAUACAUGUGAUGUAUAUGUUGAACAGAUACAGUCACUAAGAGAAAUAAAUAAUUUGGCUGCUCAACAACUAGCUGCAGACAUUGAAUACUUGGGAUAUGUAUUGGAAGAACUAGGAGUCAAACUCAAUGAGACUACUGUACAAAUCAUGGAUUUAUUAAGAUUAGAAAGUGAUGAAUACAUCAUGAAAUCAUCAUCAAUUGCUGCUUCAAAAGUAGCAGCAGUAAUAGCAAAAAUUAGAAAUAUUAGAUAAAAAAAAAAUUUAAUUUAUUUGAAAACUAUAUUAUUUUUACAAGUAUAAAAUAACAUAUUAAAUCAGCUAAGUUCAACAAUUAUGUUGAGUAUUCGGGAGCCCAUAAUUUAAAUGUUCUAUCAUAUGAUGAUGAUGCUAUGUAUUUUGAAUCUGGAGAUAUGUCCACUCCCAUAAUUUUGUUGUCAUGUCCAGAUAGCGUUUUUAACAUUUGCCAUGUUUUAUUUGCCCAAAUCUAUAGUAAUUAAAUAUUUUUUAUUAAAUGAAACAAUACAAUUUAUUUAA